GAUAGACAGACAGAGAGAGAUAGUGAGAGCGAGAGCGAGAGAGAGAGAGAGAGAGAGAGAGAGAGUAACCUGGUAAAAGUGAAGAACUCAGCUCACACAUACUCAUACACGCACUCACACGCACUCACACGCACACACACACACACACACACACACACACACACACACACACACACACACAGAUAUCGGGGUUGAGAAAGGCAGGCUGACCCUGCUGGACUCUCACUCCUCCACAGAUCAGUGAGGAACUUCCACCUCCAACAUCUGCUCCACCAUUCUGACACAACAGUAACCACUAUGAGGAAGACCCGGAGAUCUUUCCACUAAGAUUACUAUCCUUUUAUAGUUUCAUAGUUUUUUUUUUCUUCUUGGAAGCCUUUUUUCACUGACAGCUCUGUGUUUUGCCAAUCACAUUACAGGAUCUAUUUACAUUACAAAGGACUUAUUCUGCACUGGAACUGCAUGGACUAAUAUCCAAGGUUUUCUGGAUUCACAUCAAAGCCUAUUGUUUCUCUUUUCCAUUUCCACAACAUUUGCACAUGCUUUGACCUAACUGCUUCAUGUAAUCAAUUUUUGACUUUUUUUGAGGAUCACAGAGUGUCUGGUACUGCUGGCUUCUUGCAGCCUCUCUGUCUCUAAACAGACAAAAGUGUUAAUUGAGACUUGGGAACAGGGACCUCUGUGCUGACCGAGCACCCACACUGACAAAGAGGAACAGCAGGAGACUAACAGACAGAAGAGUGAGGGGCUUGGAGAAUCACAGAGCCAUUCACAAGCUGUGAUGACUUGUGUCACAGAGGGACUUUGUAGACCUUCUCUGGGACACUAAGAGAAUCUGAAGAACUGUUGGUGGAGAGGGUACGUUUUUCUGGAUUCGGGGGUGCCUUGGGUCAGCAGACCAUAGUCCUCCAUGCAGUGAUGAUGAAAGGAUGGCUUCCUCUCUCAGCCACUGGGUCAACACCGGGGAACUGUGCAACAAAUGCUCUGCACAUUCUGCUGCUCAAGCUCAGGGCUCGCUCAGGCGUGCGCGGGCGUUACCAUGGAGCUCCCCGUGCUGCUCUUGGCACUCCUGCUCCUGGUAUGUGGACUCUUCCCUACACUGGAAAGCAGCGUGGCAGCACAAGAGUUCGACAGCAGCGAUGAGGAUCCUGAGCCAGGGUUCAUCUCGGCCUCGCACCUGCACCGGGCCCGCCGCUCGCCUGAAGUGGCCCCCCCAGACAAGUGCUCCUACACCUUUAUCGUGCCACAGCAGAAGGUCACAGGGGCCAUCUGUGUCAACUCGAGGGAGCCAGAGGCCUUGCUGGAGAACCGGGUGAACAAGCAGGAGCUGGAGCUCCUCAACACCGAGCUCCACAAGCAGAAGCGGCAGAUCGAGACCCUACAGCAGCUUGUGGAGGUCGAUGGCGGCAUCGUCAACGAGGUGAAGCUGUUGCGCAAAGAGUCGCGCAACAUGAACUCCCGUGUGACGCAGCUCUAUAUGCAGCUGUUGCAUGAGAUCAUCCGCAAGCGCGACAACUCGCUGGAGCUGUCUCAGCUAGAGAACAAGAUCCUCAACCAGACCUCCGAAAUGCUGCAGCUCACAAACCGCUACAAGGACCUGGAGCAUAAGUACCAGCAUUUGGCCUCGCUGGCCAACAACCAGUCAGCCAUUAUUGCUCUGCUGGAGACGCAGUGUCAGAGGGGACACCCAGUGAUGGUGCCCCGAGCACCGGCCCAACCCCAACCACAGCCACAACCUCAGCCCAGGCCCUCUCCACCCAUCAGCAAGCCAUACCAUCCACCUACCUUCAACCGCAACAGUCAGAUAACCAACGAAAUUCAGAGUGACCAGAACCUCAAAGUGCCGCCGCCUCCAUUACCCACAAUGCCAAGUGGCACGCACAGCCCUUCCCCAACCAACAUCCCUUCAGGCCCAUGGAAGGACUGUCUCCAGGCCCUGGAAGAUGGCAACACUAACAGCGGCAUGUACCUGGUGAAACCUGACAACACCAACAAGCUGAUGCAGGUGUGGUGUGACCAGAGACAGGACCCUGGUGGAUGGAUGGUCAUCCAGAGACGCAUGGAUGGUUCAGUCAACUUCUUCAGGAACUGGGAGACUUACAAGCAAGGAUUCGGGAAUAUAGAUGGGGAGUACUGGCUUGGCUUGGAGAACAUUUACUGGUUGACCAACCAGGGCAACUACAAACUGCUGGUGACCCUGGAGGACUGGGCUGGACGCAAAACAUUCGCUGAGUAUGCUAGUUUCAGACUAGAUCCAGAGGCUGACUUCUACAAGCUCAGGGUGGGCCGUUAUCAUGGCAACGCAGGCGACUCCCUCACGUGGCACAAUGGCAAGCAGUUCACUACGCUGGACAGAGAUCAUGACGCAUACACAGGUAACUGUGCCCACUACCAGAAGGGAGGUUGGUGGUACAAUGCAUGUGCCCACUCAAACCUCAAUGGUGUGUGGUAUCGUGGAGGACACUAUCGAAGUCGCUACCAGGAUGGAGUGUACUGGGCAGAGUUCAGAGGAGGAGCCUACUCUCUAAAGAAAGUGGUGAUGAUGAUCCGGCCCAACCCCAACACCUUUCACUGAGCAGGAUAUGAAUGGGAGAUAAACUGAAGACCAUCCCCUAUAGUUGCCAUAUCUAUUGGAAUGCAACUCUGAUUUGAUUUGUGUCAUACAUGUAGUCAAGCAUGCUGAAGCAGAUGGAAAGAUGAUGAUAAAGGCAACUUGUGACUAAAGGGACACUCAAAUUUCAGUGACUGCAAAAUAAUUCCCCUUAUUGCUUUGUUAUCUCUAACUGUUUGGCCUUUCUAUUCUACUUGUCAUAAUGGUUUCCACUCUGUACUUUUGUAGGGAAAAGGUUACAAGCUUUUCCAUACAGUUUGAGCUUUGUUCAGACAAAGAGCAUAGGCAGCUUGUAUUCAUCUAACUCGUAUAGCUGUGCUUCUGUUAAUAUGGUUUAGGUUGCCCUGUUUUGAGUGUCUAUUUCAAAUAUGAUUGCAGAAAGAAUUAGUGCGUAUAUUUGACAUAAGACACAGGACACUCACUCCAGAAAAUGUUUCCUUAUGAGAUGAAUAUCUUAAUAUUUAUUUCAGGGAUUACAACCUAUUGUUCAGUUUCUUGAAAUGUUAUACUGCAUAGUUAUGCAUAAAUAAUGUGCAAUGUCAGAGAUAAAAGAACAUAGUGAGAAAAAAUCAUAUAGUCACCUAGGAAGCCUUUUCUAUCAAGUCUUUAAGUAGCAGACUGACCAUCAGGUCAGGAUCCAUAUGACUGCUGAUUUGUCACUUCCAACAGACACACAGGACAUUCUGUAUAUAUCCUUUCUUAAAUGUGAAAGAUUAAAGAUUAAAAAUUUGAACUGCAACUAUUUCACAAUUUUACUGAUGUAACAAGAAAGUGAUCAAGUAAAGACAAAACUACAGCUGAUUUUAGUAUUGCUCCCUUUUUCAUGUAGCCUUAAACUGGACACCUAAUACACAUUCAGUAUGCAAACUGCAGUGACAGAACCACAUUUGGUAAAGAUUAAAUGUCACACAGUUAAAGCAUAUUAAAUGCCUGACUCAAUGCACAGCUGUACUAAUGAUCUUCGCUCCAGUUCCAUACUUAUAUGUUUUGAUAUAAAUGUAAUCUCAGUUUCAAGUAUUCUGCGUUUAUAAUGUGUUUAUUCUAAAUUUCAACACACUUCCAGGUUUGCUUCUGAAGAAUCAGAAAACUGUAUGUACUGUAUAAAUUAAAAUGUUGGAAUCAACUGGAGACCCAACAUACUUUUGUAUAUAUAUUAAUUUUGCUGAAAAUAUUUGUAAUGCAAGUGUAACAAAUAUAGCCUGUAUCAUUAAACUGUUGCAAUAAAGAACAAAUGUACAGCUCCAGGAA